ACUGCAACCAUCGAAUAUGGCUGCGGUUGGUUUCAGAAACUGGGCUAGAGCCCUUUCCAAGGGGAAAGGGCCGGGCUUUUCUGCGCUUCUAUCCCAAGUCAGAGCGGCCUCUGGACCUUCCAAGGCCAUGUUGCCUGGUCCAUACCCCAAGACCCCUGAGGAGAGAGCUGCGGCUGCCAAGAAGUACAACAUGACAGUGGAUGAAUACGAACCAAUGCCUGAUAAUGGCGAGGGGUAUGGAGACUACCCUAAAUUGCCUGACAGAUCCCAGCAUGAGCGAGACCCCUGGUACUCCUGGGACCACCCUGACCUGAGGAGGAACUGGGGAGAGCCGAUCCACUGGGACUUUGACAUGUACAUCAGGAACCGAGUGGACACGUCGCCCAGCCCCGUCGACUGGAACACUAUGUGCAAACGUCUCUUUGGGUUCAUUGGAUUCAUGAUGCUAAUGUUCUACUUUGGGGAAAAGUUCCCGUCUUACCAGCCUGUGGCACCAAAACAAUAUCCUUAUAAAGACCUGUACCUAGAGCGAGGAGGGGAUCCUGGGAAACAGCCUGAAGAAGUCAAGCAUUUUGAAAUAUAACAGCUUAAAUGUAUCUGCUUCACAAUGUGUAUAUUACUAUCUCUAAAUAAAGUUGUAUUAAUGUG